AUGGAGAAGAAAGUCCUGAGACAGGUUGGCUCAUGUCUGGUGGGACGUGGUUCUUGGGAUCCUUGCAGCUUCCUCUGGACAGGGAGGUCACGUAUGUCCACGGCUCCGCUGGUCCAGGAAGCCACCUCAGAUGUCACCUCCAGCAGCUCAGUUCUGCCUUUCCACUCCAUCCCCAGCACCGGACGCAAUGCCUGGUUCAACCUCCUCCAGUUCUGGAGGAAAAACAAUUUCCAGCGCAUGCACCACGUCAUGGAGGAGAACUUCCACCAGCUGGGACCGAUAUACAGGGAGAACUUGGGGACGCACAGCAGUGUGAACAUUAUGCUUCCUCAGGACGUUGCCCGACUCUUCCAAGCUGAAGGUGUCUUUCCUCGUAGGAUGACCAUCGAUGCGUGGGCGACCCACAGGGAGAUGAGAAACCACAAAUAUGGUGUAUUUCUGCUGAAUGGGGAAAGCUGGAGAUCUGACCGAAUCAUCCUGAACAAGGAGGUUCUGAGCAUGGCUGGGGUCAAGAAGUUCAUGCCCUUCCUGGACGAGGUCGCCACAGACUUCAUGUCCAUGAUAAAACGGCGACUAAAUAAAAAUACCAGAGGAGCCCUGACUGUGGACCUGUACGCGGACCUCUUCAGAUUCACACUGGAGGCCAGCAGUUAUGUCUUGUAUGGGCAGCGUCUUGGACUCCUAGAGGAACAUCCAAAUCCAGAAUCACUGCGGUUUAUUAGUGCUGUGGAGACCAUGAUAAAGACCACCCUCCCGCUGCUCUACUACCCCCACCAGCUAAUGCGGCUCUCAGACAGCAGUAUAUGGAAUGAACAUAUGAAGUCCUGGGAUACUAUAUUUGAGCAAGCGGAUCGAUGCAUCCAGAACAUUUACCAGGAGUUCUGUCUGGGUCAGGAGCGAGGAUACUCUGGGAUAAUGGCAGAGCUGCUGCUACAGGGAGAACUUCCACUGGACUCGAUAAAGGCCAAUAUCACUGAGCUGAUGGCCGGAGGAGUGGACACGACAGCCAUGCCCUUGCUCUUCACGCUUUUUGAACUUGCCCGGAAUCAGUCUGUGCAGAGAGAACUCAGGGAUGAAAUUAACAAAGCAGAGGCCGCGAACCCUAAAGACUUGAACCAGUUACUGAACCUUAUGCCUCUGCUGAAGGGAGCCAUUAAGGAGACGCUGAGGUUGUAUCCUGUGGGGAUCACAGUCCAGAGACAUCUGACCAAGGACACGACGCUCCAUAACUACCACAUUCCCUCCGGGACCCUGGUGCAGGUCGGUCUGUACCCUAUGGGUCGUAGUUCCCACAUCUUCCAGGACCCCCUACGUUACAACCCCAAUCGCUGGAUGCGCAGAGAUGACACAAACUUUAAGGCACUGGCGUUUGGCUUUGGAUCACGGCAGUGCAUCGGCAGAAGGAUUGCGGAGACCGAGAUGAUGCUCUUCCUGAUGCAUAUGCUGAAGAACUUUCAGAUUGACACCGUUUGCAAAGACGACAUAAAGACAGUUUUUGGCUUCAUCCUGAUGCCUGAGAAACCACCGCUGCUGACCUUCUGCCCGAUCUGACCCAGUACCACCUUACCCCACUGCUGUGCGGGACGCAGGGUGGAUUGUAAGCUCUUGUGUCCAGCAAGUGAAAGUGUAUUCUGUGCUUCGUGA